GCUAAUGGCUAGCCAAAUACAAAAUGGUUGCCAGUUCGUGCGCGAAGGAAAAAAUUUGUUAGCUCUUUGUUUGUGAAAGAAAAAUUAGCAAAAAACCAUUAAAAAAUUUAUAAAAAUUAACUUAAAACAAUAACUAAGACAAGUGCCAAGUGUAUAAAUAGUUAUUUAAUGAAAAACAUGCAAAAAACAACAAGAAAUUGAUAAAUUUCUGAAAAGUUACAAACGAAAUAUGAAAUUCAUCAAGCUGAAAGAAAAAAAAGUCAUUAAAAAAGAAUGAGUGAGUGUGUAUGAGGCAAAAAAAAAAGAAAAGGAAUGAAAAAAUAUUGUAUAUGCAAAAAAAUAUGAAGUGAAGAAAAAAAUUAGUGAUAAAAUUAUAUUUUCUUUGCUUAAAUUGUACAAAAAAGUAAGAAAAAUAAUAAUAUACAAGAAAAAUAAAAGAGAAAAAAAAUGUUGGAAGAAAGUAUUUGUUGUAACACACAACAGUGCAAAAUAAAUUUAAAGAAAAUAAAUUAAAUCUAAAAGAUUUUCUUUAUUAGUUUUUAAGAGGUUAACUUAAAGCAACUUAGUUUUACUUAACAAGAAAUAACAAUAAUAUUUUCAAUAAUGGAUAAAUAAAAAGGAAUUUAACACCACAUUAUCAACUUACAACUCAACAACGACGACCGAACGGCCACCUUUUUUAAUAUAAAGGUCGUGGUAGACGACAUCAAGCAAUAAACAACUAUUAUAGUACUAUUGAUGUCAUCCAUUUCACUUUUUAAGUGAGCAAUUACAACACACUUUAUAUCCUUAAAUUAACAAGAAGUUUACAUCACUAACGGAAUUGAGUUAAUACCAAUUACAUACAAUCUUCGCCCCGCUUAACUACUAAUGACACAUGAAUAACAAACUAAAACGUUAAAAUUUUAGUUUUUAUUCUGCUAAAUAUAACAGAAAGGAAAUAACACACAUUCUACUAAUAAUCUACAUUACAAGAGUUGGUUGUCUAUAUUGAAUAAACAUCAAUAUCACAACAACGUAUUAAAUUUUCUUCUACUAUUUUGUAUGACAAUAUUUCCAUUGUAUCUUCAAUUUGAUUAUAAUUUCAUUACAACGGGGGCAAUAAAAAGGCUUAACACUGGACCGUAAAGUGUUGUGGAAGGGUUAAUGGCGGCCUCCACUCAAGGAGAAAUUCGAGUGGGUCCCGGCCACCAGGUAAACGAUGUCUAUGCAAAACUGCCCGAUUAUAAUCCAAUUUCAAGCUUCCCUGUUGACAAGGAAAACGACGAACGUGAAUUAGAAAUACCAAGAUGGAGUCCCGGUGCUAUGGCAGAUGGAGCUUUGAUGUUCUUGCGUGCAGCUCGUUCAAUGGCUGCAUUUCAAGGAAUGUGUGAUGGCGGUCUAGAAGAAGAUGUGGCAGCAACACGUGAUGACACAACUAUUAAUGCACAUGACGUUUUACAUGAUAACGGUUACGACCCAGGUAAAGCACUUCAAGCACUUGUAAAAGCACCUCUUACCAAAAGUAUUGAAAAGAAGUGGUGCGAGGACGAAAUAAAAAAAUUCAUUAAAGGCCUUAGACAAUUUGGCAAAAACUUUUUUAGAACAAAGGAUUUAUUACCCCAUAAAGAGACACCCGAACUAGUUGAAUUCUACUAUUUGUGGAAAAAGACACCGAGCGCUAAUAGCAAUCGCCCGCAUCGUAGACGCCGCCAAAGUGCAUUGCGUCGCAAUCGUGUUACACGGGCAAGUAAUACACCUCCCAAAAAGGAGGAUACACCAGAACCACAAUCUGCUGCAUCAGCCGCAACAACGACGGCGACGACGACGGCGUCGACGGCGAGUGCAGACAAAGGUCGCGCUUCGCCAGUUGUCAAUAAGGAGGAGACCAGUUCUCUGACUGAAGACGACGUAAGCGAGUGCGACAGCGAUUCAAGUUUAACCCAUAAAAGGGAUGAAUCACCGUCUAGAAUGAGGACGAGAAAUAAACAACAGAAUACAACCGGCACAACGGCGAAGUGCGAUCAGACACAGGUGACGCAGCCACAGCCGACGGCUAAUGGCAAGCGUCCUAAGCGUGGUGCUGAAACACCGGAUAAUAUUGCUGGCGCCGCAGCAGGAGCGGCAACAGGAACGGCUGCGGGAGAAAGUCCUAAACGCCAACUAACUGUCGCCGAGAGUGCGGCGAAUAAACGUAAGACUGGUCGUCAAGAGACACCCAGUAAAAAGAAACGUAGCGAUACCGAGGGCUCUAGUGAUAACAAUGGCGGUCCUGCGGCCAUUUCUGCCGGUCCUAAAGAUAAACGCAAACGCGCUGAAAGUCCGGUUGAAAGCACAAAUUCCGAUAGUCGUUCAGACUCUGCCAUGGAUGAUGGCGAGUCUAACAACACUGAUUCGGGCGAACAGCAAUCUAACAAAGACAGCAAAGAGAGUUCGUCUAGCAAGGAAGAGAAUAGUAGUAGUGGUAAUAGCGAAAUUGAAUCAUCCACCAAAAGUGAUAAGAAUCUUAUACCGAAAACUGAAUCAAAAGUUUCCGAUAUCGAUAUUAAAGAUAAAAUCAAAAAUGUCGACGAGGAAACCAAUAUACAGGCACCAACUAUGGUUACUGAUACAAGUCUUAAAGACAAGGAACCCAAAGAAGAUCCCUUAGCUAUACCUACCACAAAACCAUUGCCACAACCCGUUGUAGUUAGCGCACCACUUCCGCCAUUAAAGGUUCCCACGGUGGAGGCGCUAAACGCAUCUGUUGAACGCAAAGAGUUGGCUAAAGCAGAAAUGAUGGAUACUGGUGAUAUGCCGAAAGAUAUGCUUAAGAAGCUGGCUAAUAUGAAACAGGAAAUAUCCACACCUCCUCAGAUGCCACCUCAGCCACCACUAGCACCCCCGCAGCCGCAAAGCAUUAUACCAGAGGUUGUCUACUUUAAGAAAGAACCUAAAGAUCUGGAUUCGGCCUGUAAUCAAAAUAGUAAUGAACCUCAAGAUCUCAAAGUUAAAAUUGAGGUUAAGAGCGAAGACAUCAAGCCGCCUAUUAUGGGUUUGCCACCGGCGAUACCGCCACCAGGCAGCCAGGCUCCCAUGUCUUUGACUACAAAGCGAGAUGGUCCAGAACCACCAUCGCCGCUGCCACUAAAUCAACAUCAACAACCUCCACCACAUAUGCAACAUCCUCAUGCUCCUGGACCUCCACCAGGCUACAUAGUCGAGGGUGGCCAACUCAAAUUUGCGCCACCUUCACAACAGCAGCAGCCUCCACAAGGCCCACCCACAUCUAUGCCUAACGAUAGUUCUAUGCCGCCAUGUAGUGGUCCUCCAACAGGUCCUCCACCACCACAACAACCGAAAUAUGCCAAUGAAAUGGAUCAUAAGUUCCCAGAUGGCAUUAAAUACGAACCGGGCAAAUUUGUACCCCAAGAUCUUAAAUAUACACCUGGGCAAUUGGAUACUCUUAAAUAUAGCCAGGAAAUGCAAGCAGCUGCAGCUGCAGCAGCGGCGGCCGCUGGCAAGUUUGAUAUGAAGUUUAUGAUAGAACAACAAGGAGGCAAGUUUCCCGGCGAUCUGUCGGCUCAUGCACAACCGCCUACGGGUAAACCGCCCUACGGUAGUGCAGGCGAUAUAGCAAUGAAACACCCCGAUCUUAAGGGUGGUUACCCACCUACCAGCCUGGGACCUCCUCCAGUGAGCAGUUCUUCUGCGUCAAGUGAUAAUGCGCCUCCCCCACACAAAUAUAUGGGCGGUCAUCUGGAACAACAGCCACCACCCUCACAUGGACAGCCGCCAGGAGCUACUCCACCGCCAGGCAUUGCUAUGCCAAAGCCACACUAUGAACAUCAGGUACAGCAUCCUUUGGCCAGACCACCAUUUGAGUCGGCAGCAGGUCUAAUGAUGAAAUAUGGCGAUCCAAUGGUGGGUAAAUAUGGACCUCAAGAUAUGAAGUAUCCACCACCACAGGGACCACCUACUGAUAUGAGCACGGGCGGUAUGAAACCUUCGCCGUAUGGUGAAAAUCUCAUUAAACCUUCUCCUUAUGGUGGUGGCCCACCUGAAACGGGAUUAAAAUAUCCUCCACCAGAAAGCCCUAUAGACGCUUCAUCACGAUCUACACCCGGCCAAGAUAGUCAGAGUAGUAACAGCAGUUCACAGCCAUCUUCACAAAUGCAAUUCCAGUCGCCACAUCCUUCACCACAUAUGCCGUCGCCUGCUGGUGGGGGUCUGCCACCAGGAAUGCAUCCUCAAAAUUUGGUGUCUCCACAUGGUGGUCCGCUACAGCCGCCACCUCCUUCGCACCAAAGUCAAAUGCCCGGUAUGCCACCAGGUUCGUCCACAAGUGGUCCACCACCACAGGGUACACUGCAUCAUCCUACCCCAACACCCGUCACCUCUAGUGGAGGUCUACAUCAUCCUGGCCAAUCUACCCCUAGUUCUAUGCCCCCUUCAUCGGCAGCAGGUGGCCCACCGCACAGUAUCACUUCGAUGGCACCCUCAGCUGGUAUGCACCCACAACAUAUGCCUCCCAGCCAUUUGCCUCAAUUACAUAGACCCCAUGCGGAAUUACCACCAGGCGCUGGCAGCAUGCAUCCUUUGGCGCCCAUACCAUUAUCUCUACAAAAUCAUGAUCCUCGUAGUGGGCCAUUGCCACACCUCCAGGGUCACGGUUUGCCGAUUCAUGGGCAACCGCCACAGCAAUCAGCGGCAUCGAAUGCACGAACCCCAUCACCUGCUCAGCCACCACAAAGAGGAGGUUUGCACGAAGAAAGACCAGGUCAAGGUGGACCUCCGUCAUCUCAGUUGCGAGAUCCUCCUACCUCACAGUCAUCUUCAUCGGGGCCACCCCAGCAGUCGCCUCAUGCUCACCGUACUUCUCCGUUGCCUGGUCUCUCAAGCAAUGCACCACCAGGUCUUAUUGGGCAUCCCUUACCCAUACAUCCGCAUUUGGCCCAUUUACCACCCGGCCAUCCACAUGCUGGUCAUCAUAUGCUUCCACACUCUCUUGCUGGCCUGGGACCUGGUGCAGGUCCUUUGGCCCUGUUGGCUGGACCACCAUCACUUAGUAGUAUGCCGGAAACGGGUCUAAGUAGAAGAAGUCCACCUCCUUCACAUUUGCAAUCGUCCGGACAUCCGGCUGUCUCUUCAGCCAGUGGGCCGAUGCCAUCACACCCCUCGAAUCCACCAGUGUCGUCAUCUAGUUCAUUGUCGUCCACCAAUACGGUUCCAUCGUCGGCAUUUAGUCGAGCCAGUCCUAGCGUUCAAAACAACUCGGGUCCUGGAGGUCCCGGCAGUGGACUUAGUGGCCCGCCUGGCAGCAAUAAUGUGGGUACCCCCAGCGGCUUAAAUUCAUCGGUGGGUGCUGGACAUCGUUCUUCUUCUCCGGCUUCAAGUGUCAGCAGUCUCAGUCGCCAGAGUCCUUUACAUCCUGUGCCACAAUCACCGCUUAGCCAUCACCCAUCAUCUUCGGCACUCUCGGCAGCAGCAGCAGCGGUGGCGGAACGUGAUCGUCACGCCUUGUUGCGUCAACAAUCACCCCAUAUGACUCCUCCACCAGUUUCGAGUGCUUCCGCUUUGAUGGCCAGUCCUUUGAGCAAGAUGUAUGGUCCUCAGUCGGGUCAACGAGGAUUAGGAGCAUCACCGCCACCUCAUUUAAGACCAGGCGCCUCACCACCGGUCAUACGUCAUCCGCAAAUGCCACUGCCAUUGCCUCUAAUACCUGCUGGAGCUGGAAUGCCACCCAUGGGAGUACAUCCCGGUCAAUCACCUUAUCCUCACCCGCUUUUACAUCCGUCAAUGUUUUACUCUCCUCAUCACCACAAUCCAUUCAAUUCGCCAUAUGGUUAUGGUCCCUAUGGACCAGGUUUCCCAGCAUACAUGAAGCCUCCCGGAGGUCCGGGUGGUCCUUUAGAUCCGGCAGCAGUAAUGGCGGCAGCUCAUCAUCAAGGUUUGCCUGGACCACCACCAACCAGACCCGAUGAUCCUGCUUUACUAGCUGCACAGGAAAAACAGAAACAGCAACAACAGCAGCAUCAGCAUCAGCAACAACAACAGCAGCAGCACCAACAACAAAUGCAACAACAGCAUCAACAACAGCAGCAACAACAACAUCAACAACAAAUGCAGCAACAGCAUCAACAACAGCAGCAGCAACAGCAUCAACAACAACAACAACAACAGCAGCAACAGCAACAACAACAGCAGCAGCAACAGCAACAAAUGCAGCAACAGCAUCAACAAAAUAAACCGCCAACACCAAAGACACCACAGGGCAAUAAUAGCAAUAUCAAUAGUGGUGGACCGAAUGGACCACCGGGCAGUCAGCAAUCUACUCCUACCGGUCUACCACCAGCUGGUUAUCCGGGUUCGCAUAUACCAGGUUAUCCGCCACCACCGCAUUCAUCACCCUUUCAAGAAAUCGGUAAACCACACAUACUCCAGCCCACUUCACAUAUGGAUGCAUUACGAGCUCAUGCUCAUUCGGCCAGUUCUGGUCUAGGAGGACCACCACCUCCGCAUCAUCAUCCCACAGAACCAUUGCCCAUUGAAAUUGAGCCUGAUCCGGAGCCGGAAAUACCUAGUCCAACGCACAAUAUUCCACGUGGUCCUAGUCCCGAAGCCAAACCCGAUGAUACCGAAUGCCACCGCUCUCAAUCGGCUAUCUUUGUACGCCAUAUCGACCGCGGUGAUUACAACUCCUGCACCAGAACUGAUUUAAUAUUUAAACCAGUGGCCGACUCUAAAUUAGCACGUAAACGUGAGGAACGUGAUCGUAAAUUAGCCGAAAAGGAAAGAGAACGUAGACAGCAACAACAAAUGCAACAGCAGCAGCAACAACAGCAAGCUGCUGCUGCUCAACAGGCAGCACAACAAGCUAAACUUAAAGCGGAACUUAAACCACCAUAUACGGAUACACCAGCCUUGCGACAACUUUCAGAAUAUGCUAGACCACAUGUUGGUUUUAGCCCUGUUGAACAGAUGGUACCCUAUCAUCAUCCAAUGGGGCCCAUGUAUAGUAGAGAAAGAGAAUUGGAGGAAAUCAAAAACGCACAAGCGGCAGCAGCUGGUCAAUCACGUUUAGAUCCUCAUUGGAUGGAAUACUAUAGACGUGGUUUACAUCCCUCACAAUUCCCUAUGUAUGCUAAUCCAGCGGCCAUAUCACAAAUGGAAAGAGAACGUUUGGGUAUACCACCACCACAUCAUGUGGGCUUAGAUCCCAAUGAACAUAUGAUACGAUUGACGAGAGAAUAUCAUGCACAUGCGCAUUCUCAUACUCAUUUACAUUUGCCUUUGCCCCCACAGCAGCAACCACCGGAGGCCGGAUUUCAACUACCACCGAAUGUUGGUCAAUUUCCACGUCCAAAUAUGCUUAUGCCUAGAGAGCCGCACUCAGAUGUUUUGCUGCGUAUGUCUUAUGCUGAUCAACUUCAGGCCGCUGAAUUCCAGCGUCAGUCAUUGCAUGAUCAAUAUUUCCGACAAAGGCCCCGGUAAAUGGACCCCUAAACGAAACUAUUAUUUUGUUGCUAUCAUCUACAUCAUAAUAUAAAACACACACACAACUUUUUGUCUUGAUCAUCAUUGACUUAAAAAAACAUCAUACAAUGCUUUCGUUUGUUUAUAAUUGUUUAAACUAAUUAUUUGUUUGUUAAUAAUCUUUUUUAAAAAAACAAAAACAAAAAUAUAAGAUAAUUUGUUAUUUAUUGUUAUAAACUGUGUAAAAAAAAAAGCUGAAAAGUAAACCCCCUCCCCGUCUAAAAAUUGGCAUUUGUUUCAACAACAAACAUAAAAACAUUAACAAUCGACAAGCACCCACCACAACAACAACAACAAAACGAAAAAAUAUUUCGUCAUCAUCAUUAGCAUCAUCAUCAUCACCACCCACCACUAUUUGCUUCAUCAUACAACAUCAUCCAUAACCAUUUUUAUAAAAGUGACAAAAGAAUUUUUGAAAAAAAUCUUAAAAACUAGUUAAAAGAAUUAUACAAUGUACAAUCAAUCAUCAUUAUCAUCAAGCAGAAGUAUUUAUCAGUAUUUACAAUUAGAAAAUAACGCACAACAAUUACUAUUUUAAAAAAAAUCAAUUGCGUUGAACAACUAUAUACUAAACAAUAUGAUGUUUUAUGGUGGCUACAUGAACUUUGGAGGAUAUCCCCAUCAACAACACCGUGGUGAUUUGAAUUGAUAAAAGUUUUCAAAAUUUCAAACAUGUUUUUUUUUUUUUAAUUUAAAUUAAACUUGGUUUGUUUUAUAAUAAUUAUAAUUAUUUUAGUUUUUUUUUUUUUUUGUAAUGAAAAGAAAACUUA